AUGCUGCUUAACAAAGGCGCCGACGUUAACGCGCAGGGUGGGACUUACGAUACUGCACUGCAGGCAGCUUCAUUUGGAGGCUACAAGACGGUGGUCGAGAUGCUGCUCGACAAAGGUGCCGACGUCAACGCGCAGGGUGGAGAGUAUGGCAACGCACUCCAGGCAGCUUCAGCUGGAGGCCACGAGCAGGUAGUCAAGAUACUGCUCGACAAAGGUGCCGACGUCAACGCGCAGGGUAGAGAGUAUGGCAACGCACUCCAGGCGGCUUCAUACAGAGGCCACGAGCAGGUAGUCAAGAUGCUACUUGAUGCAGGUGCUCAUCAGUAA